AUGGUUGAUGAUCAAGGUUUCAAAGAGAUGAUCAAGCAGUUCAACCCAGAUUACCAUGAUAACUACCUACCAGGCCGAUCCCACUUCACCAAAUUGAUGGAAAAGAAAUAUGAUGCUACCUUUGAGAAGGUAAAGCAGACCCUUGGUGGUGUCAAAGGUUUCUUCACCCUGACUGCUGAUGUCUGGACCAGUCGUGCAACAGAGGCCUACCUGGGUGUGUCUUGCCAUUUCCUGAGUGAAGAUUGGAAGAUGAAGAGCUUCAUCCUUGAUACCAUGCCUCUUGAGGAGAGGCAUACUGGUGCCAAUAUAGUGACGUGGAUGGAAGAGGUGCUAACAAAGUUUGACAUCUUGCCUGCCAAAAUAAAAGCAGUAGUACAUGACAGUGGUUCCAAUAUGGUGGCAGCAAUGCGACUGCUUGAAGAAAAACAUGGAUGGGCCUCUAUCCGCUGUGCUGGACACACACUCCAGCUCAUAGUCAAUACUGCUCUCAAAGAAACCACCAUCAGCAGAGCACUAGGUGCUGCUAGGCAGCUAGUGGAGCACUUUAAGAGAAGUGAGCUGGUUAGUACAAGACUAAAAAUGAAACAGGAGCAAAUGAAUGUGAAGAAAAAUACACUGAUCCAAGAUGUCGGUACAAGAUGGAAUAAUACAUUCCACAUGAUAGAGAGACUCCUCGAACAGCGCUGGCCUCUCACUGCCACUCUUUCAGAUCCCGAGGUAACGCCAAGGGGGAAACACUACCUCGACUUGAAGCCAGAGCAGUGGGUGCUGCUUGAAGAACUGAAGCAAGGUUUGGCACCUUUUGAGACUGCUACUGUUUACCUUAGUGGACAGCAGUACACAACUGUUUCAGGUCUUCCACAGGUGGUCAAAGGGCUGACACGGGCUGUACACCAAAGCCAACUGGAGACGAGCUCAGGAAAAUCUUUCAUUGCCAGUGCAGAAAAAGGCAUAACACAGAAAUGGGGGAGUAUAUGCACUUUCUCAGCAGACAAAGAAAACCCUGUUAUUCUCGCAGCUGCCUUGGACCCCAGAUACAGAAAGUUGAAGUUUUUGGCUCCUGAAGAUGUCAUCAGAGUGCAGGGGACUGUUGAAGUGCUUGCUGUCAAAGAAGCAAAUGCUGGGACACAUGAACAUGCAAAAGUGCAGACGGCCAAUGGUUCAGGUAGAAUUGAAAAGACUGCUCUGGACAACCUCCUUGAGUCUGACACAGACAGUCAGGGUGACAAUGAGAAAGCAGCAUCUAAGGAGGACCAAGAUGUCCAAGUUGUGAGAAGUGAAGUUCAGCUGUACUUUAAAGAAGCCACAGUUUCUAAAAAGGAUCAUCCUCUUAAAUGGUGGAGCGAAAAUGAGGGACGUUUCCCUACACUAUCAAAGCUAGCUAAAUCUUUUCUGUGCAUUCCUGCAACCUCCACCCCAUCGGAGUGGAUCUUCUCCACAGCAGGGAAUAUCUGCUCUCAAAAGAGAGCAAGCCUUUCUGCAGAACAUGUAGAAAAGCUAACUUUCCUGGCUAUGAACAAUAAUGUCGUGUAG